AUGGGCCUGAACGACGAGUUUGACGAUCGACAGACACACUCUUUAGCCGAGUCCGAGGAAUAUCAUCCCUAUGAAUAUCAAACGGAAAACAACACCUCAUGGGCUGGCGCCCUGCCGGUGAAGCAAGGGUUGUAUGACCCUAGCCUUGAGAAGGAUGCUUGCGGUGUAGGCUUUACUUGCCACAUCAAGGGCAAGCCAAGCCAUAAAAUCGUCAGCGAUGCACGGAACCUUUUGUGCAACAUGGCGCAUCGUGGUGCCGUCGGUUCAGAUGCUCGAGAUGGCGACGGUGCAGGUGUCAUGACCUCUAUCCCGCACAAGUUCUUCAUCAAGAACUUUGAACGCGAGGUUGACAUUAAGCUCCCUCCUCUGGGUCAAUAUGCGGUUGGGAACCUGUUCUUUAAGCCCGAUCAGGAGACGGUGCAGGAGUCAAAGCGGCAGUUGGAAGACAUUGCCGAGUCCUUGGGUCUCAGGGUUCUGGGAUGGCGAGAGCCUCCCGUUGACUCUAGUCUACUUGGCCCUGCAGCUGCCUCGCGGGAGCCCAUCAUCCUGCAGCCUUUUGUUGUUCUGCAAUCCGCCUAUGGGUCUGGCAAUGCGCCCGAGGUCACCGAUCCUGAGAAGUUCGAUGAGAGACAUUUUGAGAGGCAACUCUACGUGCUCCGGAAACGCAGCACCCACACCAUUGGUCUGCAUAACUGGUUCUAUCUCUGUUCUCUUUCGAACAAGAAUAUUGUCUACAAGGGACAGCUAGCACCCAUCCAGGUGUACCAGUACUAUCACGAUCUGGUAAACGCAGACUAUGAAGCUCACUUUGCUCUCGUGCACUCUCGCUUCUCCACGAACACUUUUCCCUCGUGGGAUCGUGCACAGCCCCUGCGCUGGGCUGCCCACAACGGUGAGAUCAACACCCUCCGGGGCAACAAGAACUGGAUGCGUGCGCGCGAGAGUGUCAUGCAAUCCGACGUGUUUGCCGACGACCUCGAGAUGCUCUACCCCAUCGUCGAGGACGGAGGCUCCGACUCGGCUGCCUUUGACAACGUCCUCGAACUCUUGAUGAUCAACGGCGUCCUCUCGCUGCCCGAGGCGGUCAUGCUCAUGGUCCCCGAGGCAUGGCAGGGGAAUGCCCUGAUGGAUCCCAAGAAGGCUGCUUUCUACGAGUGGGCUGCAUGCCAGAUGGAACCCUGGGACGGCCCGGCAUUGUUUACCUUUGCCGACGGCCGAUUCUGCGGCGCCAACCUCGACCGCAAUGGUUUGAGGCCUUGUCGGUACUACGUAAUGGAUGACCACCGCAUCAUUUGCGCCUCCGAGGUUGGCACCAUCCACGUCGAGCCCGAGCGGGUGAUCCACAAGGGCCGCUUGCAGCCGGGUCGCAUGCUGCUCGUCGACACCCACGCUGGUCGCAUUAUCGACGACUCUGAGCUGAAGGCCACCGUGGCUAACCGGUGCGACUUUCGCGCCUGGCUCGACGAUGAGUUGAUUUCGCUACCGAAAAUCGUGGACACUCUGAGCCAGGAGGGCGCGGCUGAGCUUGCUGCCAAGCCGGAUGCGACGAAGCUUCAGGAGGACCCUCUUCUCCUCGCGUUUGGCUACACGUUUGAACAAGUGAGCUUGCUUCUGGCGCCCAUGGCCUCGGAUGAAAAGGAAGCCCUGGGGUCCAUGGGCAACGACGCUCCUCUGGCCUGUCUCGCUCAGGCGCCGCGGCUGCUGUACGAGUACUUCAGGCAGCUCUUCGCUCAGGUCACCAACCCUCCUAUCGACCCUAUUCGGGAGUCCAUCGUCAUGUCACUAGAAUGCUACGUUGGGCCCCAGGGCAAUCUUCUCGAGAUGGAUCCGUCGCAGUGUGGACGCCUUCUCCUGCCAAGCCCGAUCCUGUCGAUUCGUGAGUUCAAUGCGCUCAGGAACAUGGCAAGCCUUUACCCCAAGUGGACCGUGAAGAUCAUCGAUAUCACGUUCCCAAAGAAGGAAGGCAUCGAGGGCUAUGUCAAGCACCUCGACUAUAUCUGCAGAGAAACCACAUCGGCGAUUGAGGCCCGGGACCGCAUCAUCGUCCUCUCGGACCGAAACACCUCGGCCGACCGAGUUGCGGUGUCCGUCCUCCUUGCCUCCGCCAUGGUCCACCACCAUCUCGUGAGCAACAAAUGGCGUGCCAUGGCUGCCAUCGUUCUCGAGACUGCCGAAGCCCGUGAGGUCCACCACAUGUGUGUCCUGCUCGGUUACGGCGCGGAUGCCAUCAACCCAUACCUGGCAAUGGAGUGCAUUAUGAAGCUCAACCGCGAGAAGCUGAUCAAGAGGAAGAUGACGGAUGAUGAACUGAUCCAUAACUAUAAGCAUUCCUGCGACGGCGGGAUCCUCAAGGUCAUGAGCAAGAUGGGCAUCUCCACCCUUGCCAGCUACAAGGGCGCCCAGAUCUUCGAAGCUCUUGGUAUUGACGACACCGUCGUCGACCGUUGCUUCAAGGGCACCGCCUCGCGUAUCAAGGGCUUGACGUUCGACCUCAUCGCUGAGGAUGCCUUCCGCUUCCACGAACGGGGCUUCCCUUCCCGAUACACCGUGGGCGUUGUUGGUCUUCCCGAAUCCGGAGAGUACCACUGGCGUGACGGCGGAGAGGCCCACGUCAACGACCCCGCCUCCAUCGCGAACAUCCAGGACGCCGUCCGCACCAAGAACGACAAGUCUUACGAAGCGUACUCGCUCUCCGAGUAUGAACAGAUCAAGGCGUGCACGCUGCGCGGCCUGCUGGACUUCAAGUUUGACGAGUGCACGCCUGUGCCGAUUGAUCAGGUCGAGCCCUGGACCGACAUCGUGCGCCGCUUCUGCACGGGCGCCAUGUCGUAUGGCUCGAUUUCUAUGGAGUCUCACUCGACUUUAGCGGUGGCCAUGAACCGACUCGGGGGCAAGUCCAACACGGGCGAAGGUGGUGAGGACCUCGAGCGAUCCCAGCGAAUGGCAAACGGCGAUACCAUGCGGUCUGCGAUCAAGCAGGUGGCCUCUGGGCGAUUCGGUGUCACCUCGGCCUACCUGGCGGACUCGGACGAGCUUCAGAUUAAGAUGGCCCAGGGCGCCAAGCCCGGCGAGGGUGGUGAGCUGCCUGGCCACAAGGUCUCCAAGUCCAUCGCCCGCACGCGUCACUCGACCCCUGGCGUCGGCCUCAUCUCCCCGCCACCCCAUCACGACAUCUACUCGAUUGAGGAUCUGAAGCAGCUGAUCUACGAUCUGAAGUGCUCGAGCCCCAGAUCGCGCGUUUCGGUGAAGCUCGUUUCUGAGACGGGUGUUGGUAUUGUCGCCUCUGGUGUUGCCAAGGCCAAGGCUGACCACAUCUUGAUCUCGGGCCACGACGGCGGCACCGGUGCCUCUCGAUGGACCGGUAUCAAGUAUGCUGGUCUUCCCUGGGAGCUCGGCCUGGCCGAGACCCACCAGACCCUUGUCUUGAACGAUCUCCGAGGCCGUGUUGUCGUCCAGACCGACGGCCAGCUCCGGACCGGUCGAGAUGUCGCCAUCGCCUGCCUGCUCGGCGCCGAAGAAUGGGGGUUUGCCACUGCCCCCCUCAUCGCCAUGGGCUGUAUCAUGAUGAGAAAGUGCCACCUAAACACUUGCCCAGUUGGCAUCGCCACGCAGGAUCCCGAGCUCCGCCAGAAGUUUUCAGGUACCCCUGAACACGUGAUCAACUUCUUUUACUAUGUCGCCAAUGAGCUCCGGGCCAUCAUGGCCAAGCUCGGCUUCCGUACCAUCAACGAGAUGGUCGGCCAUGUGGAAGUCCUCAAACUUCGGGAGGACUUGAAGACGAAGAAGACGGCGAACAUUGACCUGUCCCUCAUCCUCACGCCGGCACACAAGCUUCGGCCGGGCGUCGCAACCUUCAAUGUUCGCAAGCAAGAUCACCGGCUCUACGUCCGGCUCGACAAUAAGCUCAUAUCCGAGGCGGAAUUGACGCUGGAUAAGGGCCUGCCGUCCCGCAUUGAAUGCGAUGUUGUCAACACCGAUCGUGCCAUGGGAACGUCCCUGUCCUAUCAGAUCUCCAAGCGGUAUGGCGAGGCGGGGCUGCCUAUGGACACGGUUCAUGUCAACAUCAAAGGGUCGGCCGGCCAGUCCUUCGGUGCCUUCCUCGCUCCUGGUGUGACUCUAGAAUUGGAGGGUGAUUCCAACGAUUAUGUCGGCAAGGGCUUGUCUGGCGGACGUCUGAUCAUCUACCCACCUCGGUCCGCUGUGUUCCAGGCUGAGGAGAACAUCCUCGUCGGAAACGUAUGCCUGUACGGUGCCACAUCUGGCACCUGCUUCUUCCGAGGCGUCGCUGCGGAGCGAUUUGCCGUUCGCAAUUCCGGUGCCACCGCUGUCGUUGAGGGUGUCGGCGACCACGGCUGCGAGUAUAUGACGGGCGGUCGCAUUGUUAUCCUCGGCAGCACUGGCCGGAAUUUCGCCGCCGGCAUGUCGGGCGGCAUUGCCUACGUCCUCGACAUCCACCAGGACUUCAUGUCCAAGUUGAACACGGAGAUGGUGGAGGCCUCCGGUCUCGAGGAUCCUGAGGAGGUCGCCUUUGUUCGCAGCCUCAUCGAGGACCAUCAUCACUACACCGGCUCCGAGCUUGCUGCGCGCAUCUUGGUCGACUUCAACCGGGCCCUACCGCGCUUCAUCAAGGUCCUCCCCGUCGACUACAAACGCGUCCUUGAAGAGGAGGCCGCCAAGGCCGCCGAGGCCAGGCGCGUGGAGCACGCGCUGCCCAUCUUGUCGGGCGGCAGGGUCAGAAAGGAUAUGGAGGACAAGGCAGCCAAACUCCAGGACAUCGAGGAGACGGUAGGGGACAACGCGGCAGACAAGAAGAAGGCUCUAGUCCUGGACAAGACCAAAGGCUUCAUGAAGUACCAACGCCGAUCCGAGAAAUACCGCAAGGCCAAGACUCGGACAAAAGACUGGGCCGAGCUGAGUCAGAGGCUGGAUGAGGAUGAACUCAAGUACCAGUCGGCCCGGUGCAUGGACUGCGGCGUGCCUUUCUGCCAGUCGGACAGCGGAUGUCCCAUCUCCAACAUCAUCCCCAAGUGGAACGAGCUCGUCUUCCAGAACCAAUGGCGUGAUGCUCUGAACCGUCUGCUCAUGACCAACAACUUCCCCGAGUUCACUGGCCGCGUGUGCCCCGCCCCCUGUGAGGGCGCCUGCGUGCUGGGUAUCAACGAAGAUCCCGUUGGUAUCAAGUCGAUUGAGUGCGCCAUCAUCGACCGCGGGUUUGAGAUGGGAUGGAUGGUGCCUCAGCCUCCCAAGGUCCGCACUGGCAAGAAAAUCGCCAUCAUUGGUUCCGGCCCAGCGGGCCUUGCCUGCGCCGACCAGCUCAACCGUGCCGGCCAUUCCGUCACCGUCUACGAGCGCGCCGACCGGCCUGGCGGCCUGCUGAUGUACGGCAUUCCCAACAUGAAGUUGGACAAGCGCAUCGUCAAGCGACGCACCGACUUCAUGGCUGCCGAGGGGAUCAAAUUCAAGACGGGAGUUGCUGUGGGUGAGGACGUGCAGCUCGUGGAUCUCAAGGCCCAGAACGACGCCGUCGUCAUCUGUACCGGUGCCACCGUUGCUCGUGACUUGCCAAUCAAGGGCCGCGACCUCGACGGUAUCCACUUCGCCAUGGAGUUCCUGCACAAGAACACGAAGUCGCUCCUGGACUCGGAGCUUGCUAACAACGCCUACAUCUCCGCCAAGGAUAAGCAUGUCGUGGUGAUUGGCGGCGGUGAUACUGGCAAUGACUGCAUCGGCACGUCGGUCCGACAUGGCGCCAAGUCGGUCGUCAACUUCGAGCUCCUCCCCCAGCCUCCGCCAGAGCGCGCCCGCGACAACCCAUGGCCGCAGUGGCCACGUAUCUAUCGUGUGGACUACGGCCACACCGAAGUGCAACAGCACAUGGGCAAGGAUCCCCGCGAGUUCUGCAUCAUGUCGGAGGAGUUCGUCGAUGACGGCACCGGCAAGGUCAAGGGCAUCAGCACCGUCCGCGUGGAAUGGGCCAAGUCCCCGACAGGUGGUUGGGAUAUGAAGAAGGUCGAGGACUCGCAGCAGUUCUUCCCCGCCGACCUGGUCCUCCUGUCCAUGGGCUUCCUCGGCCCCGAGGCGCGUAUCCUGGGCGACGAGAUUGAGAAGGACGCGCGGAAGAACGUCAAGACUCCUCCCGGGAAGUACAGCACCAACAUCGAGGGUAUCUUCGCUGCGGGAGACUGCCGCCGGGGGCAGUCCCUUAUUGUCUGGGGUAUUAAUGAGGGCCGCCAAGCAGCUCGCGAGGUCGAUCUUUUCCUUGAGCACUACACAAGCUUGCCCGUGAGUGGUGGUAUUGUCAAUUACGCGGCGCAGGAAAUCUUCGCUGUAGCUUGA